AUGGACAAAUUGACAGAUACGUCGAAGAGAAAUGAAGUCAAUGUUACUUAUGUUAACGACAACGAAUAUAGUGUUCGAUUGAUACGUUGGUUGUUAACGUCGAUGGGUGCUUGGCAAUCGUCGAUGACAAAGACUUCAAUUGAAAAAUUACGUUCUCUGAUUUUGAUCAUUCUUUCUUUUUCUUUAAUAUGCUUUACUUUUGUACCAUGUACUUUGUACGCUUUCCUCGAGGAAAAGAACUUGCAAGCAAGAAUGGAGGCACUCGGUCAAGUGAGCUAUUGGCUUAUGGGUGUCAUCAAAUACAGUUACAUCUUGUUCCACCGAGGAAACGUGCGUCGAUGUUUGGAUCACAUCGAAAGAGACUGGCGUACGGUUGAAAGAUCGAAAGAUCGUGACAUCAUGUUGGCUCAUGCCAACAGUGCUCAUUAUUUUAUUCUUAUUUGUACGAGUUUUACUUGCGGCGGCAUUUUCAUUUAUAACCUGGUCAAAGGAAUGUCACUCGUUCCUGUCUCCAUAGAAAAUCAUACGUUCUAUUUGCAUCCGUUACCUUGUCCUUGCUAUAGCAAGAUAGUGGACACGAGAUAUAAUCCGGCUUACGAGAUCAUAUAUGGACUCCAACUAUUCUCCGGUAUUAUCACCAGCUCCAUCGUCGUGUGCGCUUGCAGUCUCGCCGCGGUUUUUAUUAUGCAUGCUUGUGGCCAACUGACAAUGAUGAUGGCAUGGAUGAAAGAUUCCUUCACGAUACCUUCGAUCGAGUCGACGCGUUAUCAACUUUCAGACAUUGUCGGACUCCAUGUGCGCACUUUGAGGAGUGGGAGAACAACGAUACGAAAAAUACCAUAGCAUACUUUCUUGUAUUUGUCUCCAUGAUGUUCAAUAUUUUCGUAUUUUGUUUUCUUAGCGAGAAACUCUCACACCAGGUAGCGUCUAAUACUUGAUCGAAAUUAUGUAGUAAAAUCGAAACUCGAUAUCAAAUUAGAUUUCUCGAUAGUGCCUGCAAGUAGGUGACGUCGCUUACGCGUGCGAUUGGCAUCUUCUUCCUGAUUGCACAGCACGCGGAUUUAUUUUAAUAAUACUUAGAUCCAAUUCUGUGGUACGUUUAACUGCCGGAAAGUUUAUGCAAAUUUCUA